UUUGGGAGGAACGCGUCAGGACUGUGAGAAGAUCUCCACCCAGAUGGUAAAGGAAGCGCUGGAGUAAGCAUCUCUGCAAGUCUCCAACAUGCAACUUCUCCUCCUGGUCGUCACGGUUGCGGUCAGCCUGCUGCCAGGUUCCUUGUCUGUACGGUCUUCAGCGUCAGCGACUUUGGCCUGUUCCGUUAACUACUAUGGAAAAAUAUACACCCAAGUAUAUGUAACUGAAAACAUCGGUACGGCUAAGCUGUGCUUCGGCAUGGAGGAUGGACCUGACUGCAUGACCGUCACAAGUUCUGGGACAGACUUCGGGAAUAUUUCUAUAUCAAACGCUAGCAUCGUAGAGGGACAAUUUUCAACCUUCAAAUCAAAGCUGCCAUUGCUUGAAGGGACAUCACCAUGCAUUACCAACAUCGCGAUCCACUCCGGUAGGGGGAUCCUGAUGUCAUUCCGCACAUUUGGAACUCAAGGAAGUCUUGCAAUUGUCUUGACACUAAGCGCAGAUGUGACAGUGACAGCCAAGGUGAACGGGCAGCAGGUGGACCAAUGGAAGCCGGCGUUCAGUGUGUCUAAAUACGGUUACCUGAGCGGCUGCAGAUUCACAAAUCAAUUAGUUCUACCUAACGCAACAAGCUGUCACCCAGCAGUAGGCUUGCUGUCUUGUAAUGCAACCGCUUUCCUCACGAUAUCUCAGAAUGACAGUUGCCCAAUCAACUCUGUGUGCACUGUGACCGGCUCCACCAUCAUUGAUUACUCUGGUAAUUCCACGUCUGUGGAGGAUCGCUGUGCCUACACUUUGUACUCCAAUUCAAGUGUCCAAGUAGUGGGCAUCUUCAAGGAACGUCGUCGAAAAGACGUCAUAUUUUUAAACAGUGUCAUCAUCAAGUUGCUGGACUCCAAAUCUGUCAUUCAACUUGGCCCAGGUGUGAAAGUUCUGGUCAACAACACUGUUAUGAACAUCAGCAGUGUGUCUGAGGGACAUGAAGGUUUGGACCUCCACCAAGACCAGACUGGAGUCACAGUCAACAUAUAUCUGUCCGACUCCAACAUGACUGUCUUCUUCAAUGGAGACACUGCUCAGAUCCUCCAAACACAAACGGGGAUUUUGACAGACGAUCGGGACAGUCUCUGUGUCAACGCCAAGGUGACUUUAAGUGACUUAAAGUCGGCUGAUUACAGCUCUGAGGGCUGCGAGAUGCAGUACAGUGAGCCAGAUGACGAGUCCAUCAACUGCACCACCGUGACUGAACACUGUCAAGCACUGAAAGGCCCGGACUUCUCCGACUGUCAAUUAAUUGUCGAUCCAGAGCCGUACAUCGCCGCCUGCAACUCCACCCUGUGUCAUUAUCCAGAUGUGGACGGCCUCAGGUGUGAGUUUUUGGAUGCCUAUUCUCAUGCCUGCGGCCUGAAGCAGGACUCCAUGUUGGACGACUGGAGGAUGGAGGCCGACUGCCCUCCCCGUCAGGCUUUCUGUAAUGACACACAAUGUGUUGAUCACGAGUUCUGUGCUGAAGGCAUCAACGACCAAAUCAUGUGCUUCUGUCGGGCCAUUUUUGCCUCCGAUUACAGGUCCAACAACACUUUGGGUGAUACAGAGGUCUGCAUGGACAAUACUGCUUCAGUCACUCUGGUCGGUUGUCUCCUGGAGGAGAAAGGUUUCCGAUACACGGACCUGCACCUCAACAACGACUCUUGUAGAGGACACAGGGACAUGGACCACAUGGUGACCUUUAACUUUAGUGACAGCAACCUCUGUGGGACGGUGGUCACGGCCAACGACAGUGUGGUUCUGUACAAGAACGCUGUCACCGGAAUUAACACCUCUGAAAUUGUUGCUAACUUUGAUGAAUUCCAUGUGAACUUCUCCUGCUAUUACUACCAGCCGGAACUUCAGAGUAUGACAUUCAGAAUCAAAGACAACGCUGUCAUCCAGCAGGUUGUAUCAGAAUCUUGGAAUUACACUCUGAAGAUGACAGCCUACAAGGAUGCCCAACACAGACAACCUAUAAUGUCAGACAAAGACGUUCAGUUGAACGAAAGGAUCUGGGUGGAGUUGAUGACGUACGGUCUGGACGACAACCUGGUCUCCUUGGUAACCAACUCCUGCUGGGCCACCAACGGCUCAUCGCCCAAUGAGGGUCUGAGAUACGACCUGGUCUAUGAUGGUUGUCCAAGCACUGUGGAGCCCUCAGUGAAGGUGAUGAAGAAUGGAGUCGGAGUGUCCACCAGUUUCUCCUUCAACAUGUUCCACUUCACUGGAGGCAGCUAUGAGGUCUACCUGCACUGUAAAGUUCAACUGUGUCCCAACCAGAGCCAAGACUGCCAGCCGAGUUGUACUGGUCCUAAGAGAAGAAGACGCAGGUCUGCCAGGUCUGGAUAUGUUGAUGAAAGCCCUGCCCUCGUCAGCAUGUCCUGGACCAAUUAGGCUGUUUCCAUGGCGACUCAGCGUGCGGAUCUUCAGAAAGAUCUCAGACCUGAUGGGACCGUUUUGUAGAACUUUUGCACGGAAGCAUUUAGAUCAAUUUAAAGUUGUAAGGCUCUGACAGUCCAAUAGCUACUAUAUUAUUGUAACACGGUGAAGGGUAAUUACUUGUUACUGAAGUACGAUGUCUUGGUAGAAGAAUGUAGCUAAUCAAUCAUUACAUAACAUCACAGAUGAGUGUUAACAAUGUUUCAUGACAUGUUGUUGUACAACAGGGGUGAGCAAACUGCAGCCCGCGCGGCCACAUCAGGCCUGCCAAACAUCUUGAACUACCCAGCCAUGCAUUUCCAUAUGACUUUUUCAAAAACCUUUAACAUCAAAACUGUGGCUGGCAACAUGACUUGCAGUGCUCCUGUCGCAUGGUGGAGUGGCGCAGAAAUAAUCAGAUGCUAUCUGUAGCCGCAAGGGAUGCUGGGUAGCUUGUGGUACUGUCUUUCUCGACAUGUCACCAUGGUUGUUGCAUUUUUUUUUCUUGAUUGUAAAACAUGUUGAGGAGAAAGAAAAGUUGAAAGUUGAGUUGAAAGAAAAUAUUGCAUUAUUAUGAUGUGCUAUCUGUUAGUAUAAUAUAUUACAACAGGGCUCUAUUUGGUCUAAAAAAAUGCAGACAAUAAUAUA